UAAGAUGUAAAUUUGAUACAUUAAAUUCAUUUUUUUGUGAUAAUCUUAUUUUAUAACUUAUAACCCAAUUAAGUUGUGUUCGUCUAUAUUAGUUCUUUAACAAAUUAAUAACGCCUGUAUAUACUGGAAAUGUUGUUUGAAGUAUUUGAUUUGUAACUAAAAGUCGUUUACAGUUCUAUGUAUAAGAACAAUCUAAUGCUGUUUAGUUAGUAUUGUUUUAUUUACUGCCAUAACAAAAUGUCUGAUGAUGAUGAUAAACCUCCAGCUCCUCCAGUUCGACUCACAAGUAAUAGUUUUAGAGUUGCACGUGGAGAUUCCAUUCCUAAUUUAGAUAUAAUGCGACCAUUACCUAAAGAACCAGACUCAGAUUAUAAAAAGAAAACGGCUAAAAGUCGUGUUACUGGAAAAUUAAAAUCUCGAGGAAAUGUUUGUGAAGAUAAGCCUGAAAUCUCAUAUCCUACAAACUUUGAACAUACAAUGCAUGUAGGUUUUGAUGCCCAUACAGGGGAAUUUACUCUGCCGUAUAAAGGAAUGCCAGAAGCUUGGGCUCGCUUGUUAAUAACAUCUAAUAUUAGUAAACAAGAACAAAAGAAAAAUCCUCAAGCAGUUCUAGAUGUUUUGAAUUGGUUUGAUAACUCUAGCAAACAGUCCAAAACUUCAAAGUAUAUGACAACAAUUACAAAUAUAGUACAAAAUAGUACUCAACCGCCUGAAGUAUUGGUACGUGGUGCACAUAGUGGUGGAAGUUCUUCUUAUUCUGGUGUAAGUAGUAGUCAGCCAUCUUCUUCAACGGGUAGUACGAGUCCAUCUCUUACUACAACACCAACUACUGAUGAACAAAUCUCACCUCCUCCACCAGUUGCAGUACGACCUGAGCGUACUAAAUCUGUUUAUACUAAACCAAUAGAAGAAGAUGAACCAAUAUCAAUUACACAAGAAGAACCUAAAGUUGUUUCACCAAUUCCAUUACAUCGACCUAGUCAAACCAAUGGAACUAUACCAAUGUUAGAUAAAAAUAAAAAUAAUACAACUACUAUUAGUCGUAAAAAAAUUGCUGAUAAUGAAAUAUUAGAACAACUAAAAACAAUAGUAACUGUUGGUGACCCUAACAGAAAAUACACAAAAAUGGAAAAAAUCGGACAGGGAGCUUCUGGUACCGUUUACACUGCAAUUGAAACAUCUACUGGAAUGGAAGUUGCUAUAAAACAAAUGAAUUUGGGACAACAGCCGAAGAAAGAGCUUAUUAUUAAUGAAAUACUAGUUAUGCGAGAAAAUAAACAUGCUAAUGUUGUUAACUACUUAGAUAGUUACUUAGUGCAAGAAGAACUUUGGGUUGUUAUGGAAUAUUUGCCUGGAGGUAGUUUGACAGAUGUUGUUACUGAAACUUGUAUGGAUGAAGGUCAAAUUGCAUCUGUUUGUCGAGAAGUACUCCAGGCCCUUCAAUUUUUACAUUUUAAUCAAGUGAUACAUAGAGACAUCAAGUCUGAUAAUAUUUUACUUGGAUUGGAUGGUAGUGUAAAAUUGACUGAUUUUGGGUUUUGUGCCCAAAUUUCACCUGAGCAAUCAAAGCGUACAACUAUGGUUGGAACCCCAUAUUGGAUGGCACCUGAAGUUGUAACUCGAAAACAAUAUGGACCUAAAGUUGACAUUUGGUCUUUAGGUAUAAUGGCCAUUGAAAUGAUUGAAGGAGAACCUCCUUAUUUAAAUGAAAAUCCUUUAAGAGCAUUAUAUUUAAUUGCAACUAACGGUAAACCAGAAAUAAAAGAAAAAGAAAAGUUAUCUCCAAUAUUUCAAGACUUUUUAGAUCAGUGCCUUGAAGUAGAAGUUGAAGAAAGAGCGUCAGCUUCAGAACUUCUAAAACACCCAUUUUUGAAACUUUCAAGGCCUUUAGCUAGUCUUACUCCAUUGAUAAUGGCUGCUAAACAAGCUGCUAAAGGUCAUUGAUACCACAAUUUAAUUACAUAAAAUAUUUUGUCAAAUCAAAGACCAGUCAUAUUUCUUCAUUGAACAAUAAACAACAAACCGGUCAACAUUCUGGCUUUUCUUAUUAUAAUAUUAUUAUUAUUUAUAACUAUGUUACAAUUAUUAACAAUUAUUAUUAGUUAUGAUCAGAAAUAAUGAAUAAACGUAUAUUCUGUUAUUUUACAUAUCUUCUCCUUUGGUGCUUCAUUGUUUCUUUUUUCAUACUUCAACAAUAUGUACUAAUAUUGUAUUGUAGCUUCUUUUUGUUGGUCAAUUUUAUUAAAUUAUAGUAUACCAUACUAUCAGUUUGACAUUAUUUCUGGUAAAUUAAUAAUAAUGUGUGCAAGAAAUUUAAAAUAAUUAUUUUUUAUUUAUUUAUUUUUUAUUUUAGUAAUUGUUUGUGAGUUUUAUCAAUUUUUUACUUGUUAUAUCAAUAGUAGUUACUUUUUUUUUAUUAUUUUUCAUCUAAUCAAAGUUUUAUUAUAUAUACUCCAUACUGAAAUCUUCUAUGUAAUAUAUUUUA